CAACACUGAAUAAUUCCAAAAUGGCAGAAUGCGACUUUCGUGUGUUAUCAUGUGAGCCGAUUUAAUAAUGUUUUCUUGAAUAUUUGGUGUUAAGUGGAUUAUUAAAUUGUGUAACAGUGAAAAGUGACCUAAUAAACCAUGGCGGACUUAAAAUCACCGCCGUUCAGUGAUAUUAAAAGACCUGAGGAAGUCGUCAGGAUGACGACGAACGAUAGCCUGAAAUUUGCAGUUCUUAUCGGGCUGAUUGAAGUCGGACAAGUGACCAACAGGGAGCUGGUGAACACCGUCCUGCACCUGCUGGUGGGCGGCGAGUUCGACAUGGAGCUCAACUUCGUCAUCCAGGACGCGCAGAACAUCCAGCACAUGCUGGAACUGCUGGACCACUGCCCGCCCAGCUUACAGGCGGAGAUUUGGUCUGUGUUCAUCGCGAUCCUGCGCAAGAGCGUCCGCAACCUCCAAGCCUGCACAGACGUGGGAUUAAUCAACCAUGUGUUGCAGCGUCUGCCGCGCGCCGAGACAGUUGUUGCAGAUCUCCUGAUUGAGAUGCUUGGGGUGCUGGCCAGCUACAGCGUGACAGUCAAAGAGCUGAAGCAGCUAUUCAGCGCCAUGAAGGCAGUCAAUGGGAAAUGGCCCCGACACUCGGCGAAACUGCUCAACGUGCUCCGGCAGAUGCCGCACCGGAACGGCCCGGACGUGUUCUUCAGUUUUCCCGGACGGAAAGGCUCGGCGGUGGUGCUCCCUCCGCUGGCGCGGUGGCCCCAUGAAAAUGGCUUCACUUUCACCACCUGGUUUCGGCUAGACCCCAUCAACUCUGUCAACAUCGAGCGUGAGAAGCCCUACCUGUACUGCUUCAAGACGAGUAAAGGCGUGGGUUACACCGCGCACUUCGUGGGCAACUGCCUAGUGCUGACAUCUAUGAAAGUGCGGGGGAAGGGGUUCCAGCACUGCGUCAAAUACGAGUUCCAACCCAGGAGAUGGUACGCGAUCGCAGUUGUCUACAUCUACAACAGGUGGACCAAGAGCGAGAUUAAGUGCCUCGUCAACGGGCAGCUCGCCUCCAGCACAGAGAUGGCGUGGUUCGUCUCCACCAACGACCCAUUCGACAAGUGCUACAUCGGAGCGACAGCUGAGCUGGACGAGGAGCGCGUGUUCUGCGGACAGAUGGCCGCCAUCUACUUGUUCGGGGAAGCGCUCACCACCCACCAGAUCUGCGCCAUGCAUCGUCUAGGUCCAGGGUAUAAGAGUCAGUUCCGAUUCGACAACGAAUGUAACAUCAGCUUACCGGAGAACCACAAAAGGGUGAGCGAACAAGCCGCUCUCCUGCUUGCGAACGCAGAAGUCCCCCCUCCCGAACCCGAAACCCCCCCUCCUGACCCUGAACCCGAACCCCAACCCGCUUCGCUGGAAGAUACCAAGGCGGCAGAAAAUGAAGAAGCAUGCGUAGUUGUUAAAGAAGACUCGACGCCUCGAGGAAGAAAGAUGGCGGGCGAGGCGCGCGAAGUGGCCGCCGCGCAUGCGUCGCUGCUCGUAGAUAUUGAAGCAUGCAAGCGUGUGCUCUACGACGGCAAAUUGUCUUCGGCGAUAGUCUUCAUGUACAAUCCCGUCGCAACCGACGGGCAACUUUGUCUGCAGUCCGCCCCUAAAGGCAACGUGUCGUAUUUCGUUCACACGCCGCACGCUUUAAUGCUGCAGGAAGUAAAAGCAGUAGUAACACACUCGAUACACAGCGCGCUGAAUUCUAUCGGCGGGGUGCAGGUUUUAUUCCCGCUGUUCGCCCAACUGGACUUGCUGCAUGACGCGCCCGCUACGGACCCGAAACGCGACCCCAUGCUAUGCUCAAAACUGCUCGGCUUCGUCUGCUCCCUCGUGGAAUCCUGCGCCACAGUACAGCAGCACAUGCUCCAAUGCCGUGGGUUCCUGGUCAUCUCUCACAUGCUGCAGCGCUGCAGUCGGGACCAUCUGACGCCGGAAACUCUGGCUUCGUUCCUGCAUCUGACGAAGCAUCUUGUUACGUGCUGCUCUCCUAAUUCGGAUCUGCUUUUGAAACAGCUGCUGGAUCACGUGCUCUUCAACCCGGCGUUAUGGGUCCAUACCCCAGCGGCAGUCCAGGCUAGAUUGUACUGCUACUUGGCAACGGAUUUCCUUGCUGACGCUCACAUAUACGGCAGCGUGCGGCGAGUCAGCACAGUUUUGCAGACCGUACAUACGCUCAAGUUCUACUAUUGGGUGGUUAAUCCGAGAGCGAAAAGCGGCAUCACGCCUAAAGGAUUAGACGGUCCCCGGCCGGCACAUAAAGACAUCCUCACGAUUCGCGCAUACAUUCUACUGUUCCUGAAACAACUUAUCAUGAUUGGAAAUGGUGUGAAAGAGGACGAACUUCAGUCUAUUCUGAACUACCUAACAACGAUGCAUGAGGACGAAAAUCUACACGACGUUUUACAAAUGCUUAUUUCACUGAUGUCUGAACACCCGAGCUCCAUGGUACCAGCUUUCGACGCUAAAGGCGGAGUGCGGACGAUAUUCAAGCUGCUGUCAUCUGAAAGUCAAUUAAUCAGGCUGCAGGCGCUAAAGCUGCUCGGCUUCUUUCUGAGCAGAAGUACCCACAAGCGAAAAUACGACGUGAUGUCGCCACACAACCUCUACACGCUCCUCGCUACGCGUCUCGCCGGCGGCAGCUCGGGCGGUGAGGCGCUAGCCUUACCCGCAUACAACGCUCUCUAUGAGUUGCUGACGGAACAUGUUGGUCAGCAAAUACUGUACACGAGUCAUCCGGAGCCGCAGCCGCAUUUUAGGCUUGAGAAUCCUAUGAUCCUAAAAGUCGUCGCCACGCUCAUCCGUCAAUCCAAGCAAACAGAACAGCUCCUAGAAGUCAAAAAGCUCUUCCUCUCCGACAUGACCUUACUCUGCAGCAACAACCGCGAGAACCGCCGAACCGUCCUCCAAAUGUCCGUCUGGCAAGAAUGGCUGAUAGCCUUGGCUUAUAUCCACCCGAAGAAUGCUGAGGAACAGAAGAUAUCGGACAUGGUGUAUAGUUUGUUCAGGAUGCUGUUGCAUCAUGCGAUUAAGCAUGAGUAUGGGGGGUGGAGGGUGUGGGUUGAUACGCUCGCUAUUGUGCAUUCUAAGGUAUCAUACGAAGAGUUCAAACUCCAGUUCGCCCAAAUGUACGAGCACUACGAGCAACGGCGAGCUGACAACAUCACCGACCCGGCGGAGCGGCAACAGCGCCCGAUCUCCACCAUCUCGGGCUGGGACCGCCCCGACCCCACCCCACCGGAGCCCACACACAAAAGCCAUCAUGCCGCUCAGACGGAAAUCGGCAAAGGCCUCUCCCUAAGAGAGGUCGAAGCCUGCAGUUGUACCAAUAAAGAGGAAACAAGUGACGACGCGCGGACUACAGAACCUGUGUACAGUGAAGUGUGUAAAACCCAUAGUCCUAUUAAAAAUACCGAAGUGCCCUGCGUUGACGGUUGUGAUAGUGUUAAAUGUACAGAUAGUGAGCAUGCUGUGGAUGAAGACGGACGACGCAGCGAGACCGGUGCGGAGAAUGAGCUAGUGCAGUCUAUUAUUAAUGAAAAUAUUCUUCUAGAGAGCUCUGAGUCUGGAUUGGGAACGAUAGGAGCGGAUUCAGAGAAAACUGACAAACCUUUGUCUAGACAAGGGAGCUUAGAUUACAUUCCAGUGAGAGAUGUAGGCGAAAAUGUACUUAAAGAUGAUAACACGGAUAAAAGCGAAGGUAUACCUUCUAGUUUAUCGGCGAGUGAAACGGCGAGUCCGGAACGCGUCGCUGAUCCCUUAAAUUUAUCGAAUGAGAGAGAAUCUGAACUAUCAGACCCGUCCGAAUUGUACUUAACUCCCAGUGAAGCGACUAGUCCUAAGAAAACACAAGAUAAGACUGACUCAAUCAUUCCUGAUGAUAUGGACAGCGAUGAUCCAAAGAACAUCGCGAUUACCAUUGUUAACGACGUGUUGUCGAUAGCGCUCGAAACUGUGAGGUUAAAAGCUGACGAUGACACUGAUUCUGGGGCCAUUUCAGGCGGAUUGCAUUCUGAAGGCAAUACUCCCAACGGCCGAGAAGAUUUCGAACAAGAAAUCGAAGAGAUUAUCGACGAGAAGCGAACAGCUGAAAUGAUCGCUAACGAAGUUAUCACAGACAUACUAUCCUCUGUUGUGACUAGGAGUGAACAGAAACAGAGUGAACUAGUAGAAGAAGAAGAUAACAGCCACCACAGAGUUAUACCAUCCGACCAUCCACAUGAAGGAAACGUUCUGCCGUUAGACGGUGAAUUCUUAGUCGAUUCUCCUCGAAAGGAACCCGUUGAAAGAAUCGAAACCGAAGAAGUAGACGAAGUUACAAAAGAAAACGCAAAAAACGAAAGCCAAAGAAUGGAAACCAACGAACCCGAGGAGCAUAAGACUCCAGAAAUCCCACCGAUUUCAACGAUUAGUGAAAACAUUUCACUUGUAAAUAAGAAGGAACAAGAAAAUGAAGAAGAGAGAAAUCGUGAAGCGAACGAAAGGGACAAGAGAAGAGUAAGCUUGCCGGGUGAUAAUGAGAUGAAGCAGGACAGCAAUAAGAGCGAGGGUGUGUCCUCGCAAGGGACGAACACGUCGACAUCACCGAAGAGGCCGCGAAGUGCAUCUACCAGCACUCAAGUAGAUUCUAAUCACUUUGAAACGAAGCGACCAUCCAAGUGCUCCAGGCCGAUGUUCUCACCAGGACCGACCCGACCACCCUUCCGCAUACCGGAAUUCCGCUGGUCCUACAUCCACCAGCGGCUGCUUUCUGAUGUGCUGUUCUCCUUAGAGACUGAUAUACAGGUUUGGCGCAGCCACUCCACCAAAUCAGUGAUCGACUUCGUGAACAGCAGCGAGAACGCCAUUUUCGUGGUCAACACCGUGCAUCUGAUCAGCCAGUUGGCGGAUAAUCUCAUCAUUGCCUGUGGAGGCCUGCUGCCUUUGCUAGCGUCCGCCACAUCACCCAACAAUGAACUGGACGUAAUCGAGCCUACCCAAGGCAUGCCAGUAGAAGUGGCAGUAACUUUCCUACAACGACUAGUCAGCAUGGCCGAUGUGCUCAUCUUCGCCAGCGCUCUCAACUUCGCCGAGCUAGAGGCGGAGAAGAACAUGUCCAGCGGCGGUAUCCUCCGCCAGUGCCUUAGACUGGUGUGCACGUGUGCGGUGCGCAAUUGCCUCGAGUGCAAGGAGCGGCAGCGGUACGCGGCCGCCCGCGCCGCGCGGCAAGGCGACUCUUCGCCCAAGAGCGUGGUCGCAAGCUUGGCGGAUACUUCAAGUCCUGUAAAAGACCCAGAAAGGCUACUUCAAGAUAUGGACGUCAACCGACUGCGGGCCGUCAUCUAUAGAGAUGUGGAGGAGACAAAACAGGCGCAGUUCCUCUCGCUCGCCAUCGUGUACUUCAUCUCCGUGCUAAUGGUGUCCAAGUACCGCGACAUACUUGAGCCGCCUGCGCACGCGGCGCAGGAGUGCGCGCGCAGACCACACCAUGGCCAUGAUCACGGCUCCCGCCCGCUGUUCCCGCAGUGGUCGCACCACGUGUACCCGCAGUUCCUGCCCGGUGCGCACCCCGCCCACCGCCCCGCGCACGCGCACGCGCACUGCAAGCUCGACUGUCACGCGCACGCACGCAUCGGUAGCUACCGCCCGCACGCAGAACACAACGGUGAUGACGUCGAAUACGCAAUGAUAGUUGUCGACGAGAACAACUCUACGAUGAACGAGUUGGACUCUCCGUCUAUGAAGGAGACGGAAGAGUCAGAUGGAGUUGCGAAAAUUGAGACAAGCACGGAUGAAGUCAAACCACAUGGAGAGAAGCCGACCUCAGAGACUUCGGCUUCGAGUUUGCAGGCCCCUGCGACGCCUGGGGCUUCGCAGUCCCCAAGUUCUGAGAAAGAAGAACCCCUAUUUAAGUCCAGCCUACGGGUGAAACAACCUAAGAUUAAGCCUCCAACUGCAAGGUCCAAAACUUUAUCCGGGAUAACGGUGUCAGUGGUCAAUUUGAGCGUGGACUCUAUCGAGGAUGCUGGAUCUUUCCACCUCAACUCGACGGAGACCACCAACAAUGACCCUGAGUCUUCCAGCGAGAUCGCUUUGGACGAUAACAAACAUCCGGUCAGCAACGAUGAAUCGUGGACAGACGUGAACCUCAACGAAGAUGGGGAGAGAGGUCCCGCCACUAUAACUGGCAGGACGAGAGACCACGAGGGCAAUAUACAUGAAGACAUUGAGAAAUCCCUUCACGCGCGCAACAACGAGCAUCAUCAUUUGCAGCGGCAUCAGAACAGGAGUAUGCAGGUUGCGCAAAGGCAUCUACAUCCGGACAACGAGACAUUAGCCGGCCUAAACGCCAUGAACGCUACGAUGCCUGUGGAUGGCGUAUCUCGAGAAGCAUCUCUAACACACAAGCUAGAAACCGCGUUAGGACCCGUGUGCCCUCUACUACGCGAAAUUAUGUUGGACUUCGCACCUUUCUUGUCGAAGACGCUGGUUGGAAGUCAUGGUCAAGAGCUGCUUAUGGAGGGUAAAGGUCUCCAAACUUUCAAAUCCAGCACAUCAGUCGUCGAACUGGUCAUGCUCCUAUGCUCUCAAGAAUGGCAGAACUCCCUACAAAAGCACGCUGGUUUAGCCUUCAUAGAAUUAAUUAAUGAGGGAAGAUUACUGUCACACGCUAUGAGGGAUCACAUCGUGAGGGUCGCGAAUGAGGCGGAGUUUAUACUGAACAGGAUGAGGGCUGAUGAUGUCUUGAAGCAUGCUGAUUUUGAAUCCCUAUGCGCUCGCACGAGCAGCGAGCGCGCCGACGAGGAGCGAACCUGCGAACGUCUCAUCGCCGCCGCGCGCCGCCGCGACCACGCCGCCGCCGCGCGGCUGCUCGACAAACUGCGGCAUGCGCCCGGCGCCGGCAGUGCCGCGGCUGGAAGUACAACUCAAUUCUGGAAAUUAGACUCGUGGGAAGAUGACGCUCGGCGCAGAAGACGAUUGGUUCCCGACCCGCGCGGGCAGCGGCACGCCGCCGCCGCAUUAUCGAGGUCGCCCGCCGCGCCGCCGCCGAGCGACGCUAUACUGCAGGCAACGGAGGAGUUCCACGCUCGCAUCGCAGCGGGCGGCGCGGGGCGCGGUGCACAGCUGCCAACGCCGGCGGCUGCUGAACUCCUUGACGAUGCUGAACUCCUGGUGGAUGAUAGGGAAAUCGAUGCCGAUCUUACCGGCCCAGUAAACAUAAGUACGAAGGCGAGACUAGUAGCUCCAGGAUUGGUCGCUCCGGGCACCGUUUCUUUGACGUCAACGGAGCUAUACUUCGAGGUCGACGAGGACGAUCCGGAGUAUAAGAAGAUUGACCCUGAGGUUCUAAAAUACUGCGAGCACCUCCACGGAAAAUGGUACUUCAGCGAGAUUCGCGCCAUCUUCUCGCGCCGCUAUCUGCUGCAGAAUGUGGCCAUCGAGAUGUUCCUCGCCAGCAGAACAUCAAUAUUCUUCGCGUUCCCGGAUCAGACGACGGUGAAGAAGGUGAUCAAAGCCCUGCCUCGCGUCGGCGUCGGCAUCAAGUACGGCAUCCCGCAGACCAGGCGCGCGUCGAUGAUGUCCCCGCGACAACUCAUGCGCAACUCCAACAUGACGCAGAAGUGGCAGCGCCGAGAGAUCUCCAACUUCGAGUACCUCAUGUUCCUCAACACUAUUGCUGGUCGCACAUACAAUGAUUUGAACCAGUACCCCGUGUUCCCGUGGGUCCUGACGAACUACGAGAGCGAGGAGCUGGACCUGAGUCAGCCCUCCAACUACAGGGACCUGUCUAAGUACCCCGUGUUCCCGUGGGUCCUGACGAACUACGAGAGCGAGGAGCUGGACCUGAGUCAGCCCUCCAACUACAGGGACCUGUCUAAGUACCCCGUAUUCCCGUGGGUCCUGACGAACUACGAGAGCGAGGAGCUGGACCUGAGUCAGCCCUCCAACUACAGGGACCUGUCUAAGUACCCCGUGUUACCGUGGGUCCUGACGAACUACGAGAGCGAGGAGCUGGACCUGAGUCAGCCCUCCAACUACAGGGACCUGUCUAAGUACCCCGUGUUCCCGUGGGUCCUGACGAACUACGAGAGCGAGGAGCUGGACCUGAGUCAGCCCUCCAACUACAGGGACCUGUCUAAGUACCCCGUGUUCCCGUGGGUCCGGACGAACUACGAGAGCGAGGAGCUGGACCUGAGUCAGCCCUCCAACUACAGGGACCUGUCUAAGCCAAUCGGCGCUUUGAAUCCGAGUCGGCGCGCGUACUUCGAAGAGCGCUACAAUACAUGGGAGCACGAGUCCACGCCGCCGUUCCACUACGGCACACACUACUCCACCGCCGCCUUCGUGCUCAACUGGCUCGUGAGAAUCGAGCCGAUGACCACGAUGUUCCUGGCGCUGCAGGGAGGCAAGUUCGACCACCCCAACCGGCUGUUCUCCUCCAUCGCCAUGUCCUGGAAGAACUGCCAGCGGGACACCUCCGACGUCAAGGAGCUGAUCCCAGAGUUGUUCUUCCUACCCGAAAUGCUUGUAAACAGCGCAGGCUACCGACUUGGCCUGCCCGACUCACCGUCAGGAGACGUGAUCCUUCCACCCUGGGCGUCUUCAGCCGAGGAGUUCGUGCGGAUUAACCGAAUGGCUCUUGAGUCUGAGUUUGUGUCCUGUCAGCUGCAUCAGUGGAUCGACCUCAUCUUUGGAUACAAGCAGAGAGGACCCGAAGCCGUCCGCGCCACAAACGUCUUCUACUACCUCACGUACGAGGGAGGCGUCCGUCUCGACCAGAUCACCGACGCCGUCACCCGCGCCGCCGUCGAAGACCAGAUCCGAAGCUUCGGACAAACGCCAGCACAACUACUCAGCGAACCGCAUCCACCAAGGGCGUCUACUAUGCAUCUAGCUCCGUUGAUGUUCGCCGCGGCACCUGAUGAUGUGUGCCUCAGACUUAAGUUGCCGUCGAACGCGGCCGUUGUUCAUGUGUCUGCGAACACGUAUCCGCAGCUUGCGAUGCCUGCUGCCGUUACGGUGAGCGCGGCGCGCGCGUUCGCGGCGCACAGGUGGGUGGGCGGCGGCUGCGCGCACGUCGGCGCGCGCCACGCGCCCGACCACGCCGCGCCGCCCGGGGCGCCUCUCCUCAUGGACCCUGUCUGGGCAAACGGUGGCGCCGCUGCAUUAGCCCGACGACAGCUCGGUGACAAUUUCUCGCAGCGAGUCCGCGCGAGGACCAACUGCUUCGUGACCACGGUGGACUCGCGGUUCCUCAUCGCGGCUGGCUUCUGGGACAAUUCCUUCCGCGUCUUCUCUACAGAGACAGCCAAGAUCGUCCAAAUAAUCUUCGGCCACUACGGCGUAGUCACUUGCGUCUGUCGCUCGGAGUGCAACAUUACAUCUGACUGCUACAUCGCAUCCGGGUCGGAAGACUGCACCGUGCUGCUCUGGCAUUGGUCCGCGCGGCAUGGCGGCAUUGUGGGUGAAGGCGAGACCCCGGCGCCGCGCGUAACGUUGACGGGCCACGACGCUCCCAUUAACGGAGUCCUGGUGUCUGCUGAGCUAGGCUUGGUUAUAUCUUCAUCAGUCAACGGCCCCGUCCUGGUGCACACGACGUUCGGCGAGCUGCUGCGCGCGCUGCCGGCCGCGGAGGGCGUGGCGGCGCCGCGGCAGCUGGCCGUGUCGCGCGAGGGCGUGGUGGUGGUCGCCUACGCGCGCGGACACCUCGCCGCCUACUCGCUCAACGGCCGCCGCCACCGGCACGAGACGCACAACGACAACUUCCAGUGCCUGCUCCUGUCCCGCUGCGGGGAAUACCUAGUGUGUGGAGGCGACGCGGGGGUGGUGGAGGUGUGGCGCGCCUUCACGCUGGCGCCGCUGUACGCGUUCCCGCCCGCCGGCGCGCCCGUCUGCUCGCUCGCGCUGUCGCACGAUCAGAAAUUCCUGCUCGCAGGUCUAGAGAACGGUUCCCUCGUGGUAUUCCACAUCGACUUCAACCGCUGGCACCACGAAUACCAGCAACGCUACUGACUGUAGUAACCAACUACAGUAAAACUGCAGUAAACCCGGCUGCAGUAGUCACCGACUGCAGUGCGUGUAAUUAAUUCAAUUAAAUCUCUAGUUAAAUAUUACGAAUGAAUUUAGUACUCGCGUUAGUUUUGUUUAUCGCUUGCGGCGAUUGCGAACGCGAUUAAGACAGUUUUACCCCGAUAGUACCACUAAUGUGGCUUUUUAAAAACUUUUUGAAUAUUGAUGAGUAUCUAAGGCAAUCUAAAAGGAAUUUUAAAUGCAAAAGCGUGUCCCAAUCUAGUCUAGUUCGUAGAUUGCGCACUUUAAGCGAGCUUAGCAUGAGUUGCGGGAAGACGCGCAAUCUGAAGCAAAAUGCGUGCGCAUUCGCGGCGUAUUCCCUAAAUUUUGGACACAUCUUAUGACACAUGUGUGGUACUAAAGUGAGGUAUAUAAAGUAACACCUGUAACACUAUUUACACAAAGCGGUGUAUUUUAUUCGCAACGAUAUAAUCGCCCUGGAAUUAAAAUGGCUUGAAAUGAUUUAGGUAAUGUUAAAGGGCUUUCGUGUAAAUAGUGUAGUGUUAGAGAAGUAAUAUAAGGUAACGUUGAAAUCACUGGUUGUAAACUUUUUGAUAUUGCGUGUGAGCCGCCAAAAAGCUGCUUUACCAUUUACAUUCCAUUUUCAAAGUAUUAUUUUCAUUUGACUUUUACUUUAGUGAGUAGAUUAAGUUUACAAUAUUAUUUAAUGUUUACAACAUUUAUUGAAGUUUAUUUAGUAGUGCCAUAGGAUAAUGUUUUAAUGAUUUACUUAAAAAAGUAAUAUUUGUACUUAUUAUAAACGUACGAUCUCCAACGAUUGACGUCCAUUGAAUUGGUUGACAUAAUAGUUAAUAUAAUGUACUUAAUUUAUUCAUUUUGGUGCAAUAUUUAUGAAUUAUUUUUAUAUUAUUAUUGUAUGUAUUAAUAAAUUGUAUGGUAUUAUUUCAGUAUUGAUCGACAUAAAUAUUAUUUAAAUUCAAUGAAUUUUAUUGCAAUAUCUAUUAUAAACUUAGCUUGGGGAUUUUCCAAUCAAUUUCAAUUUUUUUAAAUAAGAAUUCUAUCUGUCCUAAGUGUACUUAACUUGUCUUUAAGAAUCAUUUUGCAGCUCCUUCUAUUUAUUACUUCUCUAUUCUUGUUAUAUUGGUGAUGGGCCUCUUGUACUUAAUUAUUGCAGGAAUUUAUUAAUUUUGUUUGUUUAAGAUUUUUGGUUUUUUAUUAAAUGGUUAUACAAAUAUUUUA